AUGUUGAAGAUGCGCCAACAACUGGAGUAUUUGCAGGAGCUUCCUCUGAUGAAGUACAAGUACUUGGAAUUGGUUCUUAAGGAUAAGCUUGCUUGGCUUGAAGCUACUAAUGAGGAUCUCUGUCAAGAACUUCAUGAAUACUGCAACAGGGGCACUGCCAUGGAGCAAUGUGAAACAGAUGCUAAAGUCGGUCGCAGCUAUUCUGUGAAAAGCGAAGGGCUUAAAAAGGGUUUGCAAAGUUAUUCUGGUGAUAUUGAUGAAGCAGCAAAAGAGACGGAGCAUAUCCUUCUGCAAGAUUCUAUGGACAAAGAGUUGACUGAGUUAAAUAGGCGCUUAGAGCAGAAGGAGUCAGAGAUGAAACUUUUUGGAGGCUCUGACACCAUGACUCUUAAGCACCACUUUGGGAAGAAGAUUAUGGAACUUGAGGAUGAAAAAAGAAUUGUGCAGCAAGAGAGGGACCAUUUGUUGGCUGAAGUUGAAAACCUUGCAGCGACUUCUGAUGGGCAAAAACAAAAAUUGCAUGAUAUGCAUGCCCAUAAAUUAAAAGCCUUGGAAGCAUAG